GCGACCCCCGCGCCUGCGCCUGUCUGGCACCCAGCCCGGGGGCGCGGGUGAUCGCCCUUUGCUGGGAGGCCUCCGAGGAGGUUGCUGGAAAUGGUGACGAUCCUGGACUUUGGGAUCGGCCAUCCCAGUUUCUGGUCCGCCUUCUGGCGUGUGACCUUCUCCUCGGGCAGGUUCGGUAAACCACCAUUUCCCCUUCGGUGAAACUGGGUAAUUAGGAGCGCGAGGGGUCGCCGAGAGUUAAGCAGGAUAAAGAGCGCGAAGUGCUUAGCACGGCGUCGCCCCCCUUUAACUCUCCGCAGACUUUGUCAGUACCUUCACUGUAUUCGUCACUGUCACUUACCGAGCAGUGGUUCUGCCAGGCUCUCUGCCCGAACACUCUCACACACGCGGUGGACAGUGAGUGGCCCAGAGGUCCCCGGUGGUCAUAGUCGCCCACAAAUCGGGUCAGGGUGUGUGAUGAAUCAGGAAGGGGGUGGGCGGCUGGUCUCCAGUAAGGAAACUGAACCCGCUCUGAACCUUAAGUCCAGCGGUAAGAAGGAAAGUUUGGAUGGAGGAGCCUUCCCUUUGAGAGAAGCCUAGAUUUGGUGGAGCAACCUGUUUUUCUCAAACUGCCCCCCCCAGCCCCCACCCCCCGGCUUAACAGGUGGAAAGCAUAGCAUGGAAACGCUGCCAGGGUAGUUUCCUCACACUAACAGGAGCUUCAGAUAAUCGGUCCUAUUAUUGAGCAAUAUGGCAACGUCCGUGCAGCAGUGGCGGUCGGCAGGCAGGGUUGCGGCCUGGCUGCACGUGCCCAUCCUGCAGAGCGCGCUCAUCGCCCCCGCCGCCGCGCUGGGCUUCCGCUUCCACCACGCGGAGGCGGACUCGGCCACGCUGACCCUGUGGCUGGGAGAGGGGCCCAGCCGGCUCCCAGGCUACGCGACACACCAGGUGGGAGUUGCAGGAGCUGUGUUUGAUGAAAAUACUGGAAAAAUACUGGUUGUCCAAGAUCGAAAUAAAUCCAAGAACCUGUGGAAGCUGCCGGGAGGCCUGUCGGAGCCUGGGGAGGACCUCGGCGACACGGCAGUGCGGGAGGUUUUCGAAGAGACAGGCGUGCGGUCGGAGUUCAGGUCCCUCCUGAGCCUGCGGCAGCAGCACCGCCACCCCGGGGCCUUCGGGAAGUCGGACAUGUACCUCGUCUGCCGCCUGCAGCCGCGCUCCUUCGCCAUCCGGCUGUGCCCGCACGAGUGCCUGCGGGGCGCGUGGCUGGACCUGGCCACCCUGGCCGCCGACGCCGGCGCCACGCCCAUCACCCGCAGGGCCGCGCGGCUGCUGCUGUACGGGCACCGGGAAGGCUUCGACAAGGUGGACCUGACCGCGGACACGCUCCCGGCCGUGCACACGGGCCUGCUCUACAAGCUCUACCACCGGGAGCUGCCGGGCAGGUACAAAGUCCCUGCCGGAGCGGAGUGAGGUCCCGGGCGCCCACGUCCACCCGGGAAGUGCACGGCACGCGGUCCUACCGGGAGUGGCCACUGGGGGCUGACUGGGCGUCUGGCUUUGUGUUCUUGUGGGGGUGAUUUCCACGAAGAAACGCUAUAAGUGUGCACAUUUUAAAAGCCUCUUUUCAAAUGAACCGCAUGUAUGGAAAAGAUUGUGGCUCUAGGUAAGCUUUGCUGGACAAAGGCAAAUGCUAUAUAAAGGGUGGAAGUCC